AUGCGCGAGCUGCUCGAAAAGGCGCACCAGGAGGCAGAGGAAGACGCCCUCUUCGCAGAGGACGCCGACGAUGGAGAGUUUGAAGCACCACACACCGAUGAGGAGCUAGAGGACGAGGAUGCCGAGGAACGCGAGUUGCGCAAGGCGGAGCGCCAGCAGGGCAAGUCCAAGGCGGGGUUCAACCCGCUAGUCAAGACUGUGCGUAUGGGUGCCCCCUCGACACCCAUGCCGUCUGCCGACCAGCUGGCCCUGCUGGAUCCAUCCAUAGAUGUCUCCAAGAUGGCCCCCUCGACGCUUAUCCUCGAGAUCCGCAAACAGCGUCGUGAAGCCAAGCGCUUGCAGCGGUCCGAAAACCGCCGCUCCAACCUGCGCGCAUCCACCCUCAAGACCGAGGAGGAACUCAUCGAAAAGGAAAAACAGGAAAAGAUCGCCCUUGCCGGCUCGCGCAAGGGUCGCAGGGCGCAGCAUGAGACGGGCGAAAUCCGCGGCGCGCGUCCCAUGACGCAAGACGAGCUCAUUGCGGCUGCGUUGGAAGAAGAGGAGCGUAACAAGGAGGCUCUGACCGACUGGCUGCGCCGUGAAGAGGAGCGCCGUGAACUGCGACGCGUAGGACGUAAACGUGUCCGCGGACCUCGCUGGACUGUGAUCAGUCGUACUGUUGGGCGCCUGGUCGAAGUCGUGGGCGAGGAGGCCGAAGCGGGGCCGUCCAAUACUCAGACUCCGGCGGCACCUUCUGCACCCGCCACGCCAGCUCCAGUGACCCCUGCUGCACCCGAGGUCGAGGCGGGCGAGUCAAGUGUCCCGGCAGAUAACAAGUCGCCAGACACGCAGGCGGGUUCGGCUCCGACAGCGAUAGCUCCAGAAGCACCUAGUGACCCGGUGGCGAGUACCGCCCAGGCAGACUCCACGCCAGAGAACAACGCAAGUGGCGAAUCACUUGUGGCGAACAAGCCGGAUGAUAAUGUCGCAGCGGGUGGCGACAGCACACCGACAACCGGUGCGAACGCUGAGUCAGCCAGUGGUGAGCCUGUGGCCGAGUCGACUGCCGCUGGCGAAGCGUCUGGCGAAGCGUCUGGCGAAGCGUCUGCCCCCAAUGCCGAGAAGCCUACCGACGCUGGCGACGCGCCUGUACCCGUCGAGCAAGCUCCAAAACCGUCUACAGCCGCUGGUGAUGCUCCUGCUCCAGUAGGGCAGGAGGCCGCUCCCUCGUCUACACCAGGUGGCGAUGGUCCGGCCGUCUCGACCACAACCCCUGGCGACAGUGUGGCGUCUGCACCCGCCACUGCACCAGCCGAUGCGGCCCAAGCUGCCCUAGUGGAUACCGCCAAACCGGCUGAGGAUGCGUCCCAGCCCGCAGACACUACCAAGGCCCCAGCCGAUACCCCCAAGCCAGCAGACGACGCGCCCAAACCCGCCUCUGACGCGGCCAACCCGCCACCGACCGACGACGACUCUGCGCCGACCGGCCCGUACAUGCGCAACUAUCUCAUCCUCUCGCAGGUCCCCGGCGGCCUUCCCGCCGAGCUGCGCCUCAUUCUAGGCGACCACGUCGACUGGUCCGACGUCAAGGUCAUUCCGGCACGCAACCGGCCCAUCAACCGCAAACCGCCCGUCGACCCCUUGUCCGGCACUGCGGCAAAGUACCGGCACCCGGGCUCGAUGAUGCCGUAUACCAACAUGGAGAGCUACAAGACCAUUGAGGGCGUGCUGGACCAGCGGUAUGUCUGGUCCGAGGCGGGUUUCUGGGCCGGCGGCGAGGCGGACGUGGCGGCCGAGGGGGCCAUGGAGGUUCCCGGGUGGAGGGAAGCGUGUGCCCGGGGCUGGCUUGAUGGCAAGCCGAUGCCUGUGGAGGAGGAAGAGCCCGAGGUUGUUGUGCAGCCAGAGGAGGAGGAGGAGGUGCCGGAGGCGGAGGCGCAAGAAGAGGAGGAAGAGGCGGCGGAAGAAGAGGAAGAAGAAGAAGAAGAAGUGGUCGCCACGCCUGUCAAGAACAGCAAGAAACGCAAGGCCGAGAGUGCGCCAAAGUCGAAAUCGAAGAAGGUCGCAAAGCCCAAGGCCGCAGCAAAGCCCAAGGCAGCGGCAAAGCCCAAAGCAGCGGCAAAGCCCAAAGCAGCGGCAAAGCCCAAGACGACGGCAAAGUCGACAAAGGCUACCGCCGGCACCAAGCGCAAGAGGUAG